UCUGUAAGAUCCAGCACCUGAACAUUAGCAGGAGUUCCGUCUUAAAUUAUUGUUUUUCCCGGGAGUUGCAGCACGUCUACACUGAAAGGACACGGUAUUGUGUUGCGUGUUUUUAGUUAAUUAAGUUAACAAAGACAUGAAUAGGCUAUUGACUUGGUAAACAAAUAGUAAAGAUUGGGAUUGAAUUAAGGGUGAAUGAUUUUGAAAGACUCGCUGCGGGAUAGCCAUCAUCGCUUCCCUCCCGCACCCCACCCCCUCCCGUGAAAGAAAAAAAAACACGAAAUCACUUACUGUGGCCGCGCCGAGGCUGUCGGGAAGGGAAGACUGGCACUGCUCAUGGAGGGAUAAACGGAGGCUGCAGCACAAAGGGAGGCUGAUUGUAUGUAUGUAUGUAUGUAUGUAUUUGCGCCUGUCCGCAUGCACCGUUUUAUUCCUGCUUCAGAACGAGAAAUCAGAUAGCCAGCCCUAGCUAACGCGGGCUGUACACUGGGAGUAAGUAAUGCGCCUGGAUUUACCCAGUGAACAUGGAUGACAAGUCCAACAAGCUUCUGUUAGCGUUGGUUAUGCUGUGUCUCUUCGGCGUGAUCGUAUUGCAGUACGUUUGCCCAGGCUCCGAUUGCCAGUUGCUUUUGCGCCUUCAAGCCGGCUGGGGCUCGCCUUCAUCAGCGGGCGGCGCUGCGGCUUUCUCCGGCGGAGGCGGCGGUGGUGGUGGUGGCGACCCUUACCGGGCAGAGGACGGGACUCUGGCUCGCUUCGUGCCCCGCUUCAACUUCUCUGAAGACGAGCUGCGGCGCGCAGUGGACUUCAACAUCAAGGGGGACGACGUGAUCGUUUUCCUGCACAUCCAGAAGACUGGGGGCACAACCUUCGGGCGACACCUGGUCCGCAACAUCCUGCUGGAGCAGCCGUGCGAGUGCCGGGCCGGCCAGAAGAAGUGUACCUGCCUCCGGCCCGGAAAGAAGGAGACCUGGCUGUUCUCUCGGUUCUCCACGGGCUGGAGCUGCGGGCUGCAUGCGGACUGGACCGAGCUCACGAACUGCGUGCCUGCGCUCAUGGACAUCAAGGCGGAGCCCACGCCGCAGAAACCCCGCAGGAACUACUACUACAUCACGAUCCUGCGGGACCCGGUGUCACGGUACCUGAGCGAGUGGCGCCACGUGCAGCGGGGGGCCACGUGGAAGGCGUCUCUGCACGUGUGCGACGGGCGCGCCCCCACCCCCUCCGAGCUGCCCGUCUGCUACUCGGGGGACGACUGGUCGGGCUGCACGCUGGCAGACUUCAUGGACUGCCCCUACAACCUGGCCAGCAACCGGCAGGCGCGCAUGCUGGCCGACCUCAGCCUGGUGGGCUGCUACAACCUGUCUGUGAUGGGCGAGGAGCAGCGCAGCCGCAGCCUGCUGGAGAGCGCCAAGCGCAACCUCAAGGAGAUGGCCUUCUUCGGGCUGACGGAGUUCCAGCGCAAGACCCAGUACCUGUUCGAGCGCACCUUCCACAUGCGCUUCAUCAGCCCCUUCACCCAGUUCAACAGCACCCGGGCCGCCGGUGUGGAGGUGGAGCCCGAGACCCAGCAGCGCAUCCGGGAGCUCAACGUCCUGGACAUGGAGCUCUACGAAUACGCCCGGGACCUCUUCCUGCAGAGGUUCCAGUACUCCCGGCAGCAGGAGCACAGGGAGGCCAGGAGGAGGCGCCAGCAGGAGAGGAGGCGGCUCCUCCGGGGCAGGCUGCAGUGGAUGCGGCAGGAGGAGGAGGAGCUAGCCUGGGGGCAGGAGGAGAACUCCACUGGGGGGGACUACAUGGGCAAUGUGGAGAGGUGGCGGCGGUAAUGCAGGGCUCUUGGGGAGGGGGGGGGGGGGGACACCUAACUCUCGUUCUCUAGUUUUGAGAGAGGGUGGGACUUCUUGAUCCAGACUGGGGGGAAAUGUCAAGAGUUUACACUGUGCUUGGGGACAGAAGUGUGUUCAUUUGAAAACUGAAAUCAAAUAGUUGUUUUUUUUUUUUUCAAUCCAAGACCUGAAGCCAUUGUGAAUUCGCACUAGACUCGGAACCAAAGUGAGUUCACCCCAUUAUGAAACUGAAGCGAAUUCAGUUGAAAGUAAAAAGCCAUCCCAAAUUCACACUGAACUUGAACCAGAAGUGAAUUCUUCAGAAUUAAGACUGCAGUCAUUUCUGAAGUCGUUCCAGAUUUGAAAGCGGCUGCGCUUUUCUUGUUUUAUUUCUAUUGAAGGACCCGGAGCCUGUUGAACCCGUGUCUCUAAAGAGAUGGCAUGCAGAAACAUCCCCCUCCUGAGGGGGCUUAGAAUUUUACAAUGUUACCUUCUGACAGCCUCUGCUUGCUUGGUUUAUUUAUUAUACCUUUUAAAUGUGAGAAUCAAGUCUUUGGACACAGUGCAGGAUUAAGAAUAUACACGAACAUCUGUACUGUAACGUGUGAGGUGUUGAGGUACCGUCUCAUAAGACUCCGCCAGUCGGUAGGAGCAAUCCAAUCCCAUCUCAUCCUGUUAGAACACUUCUACUGUGCCUCAUUUAACAUUCCAGAAGUACUCUUCGUUCAAAACCGUGCAAUAGUAACAUCAAGCUUAUUUUUAUUUUGUAACACUGGGAAUUCUGUCUCUUUUUAAUAUGUGCAAAAUCAAAUUAGUUUAACAAACAGACAAAAAAAAAAACACCUGAACUUUGCAUCAUGGGCUGGUUUUAAUGCUGGGUUGGUGGAUGGUCCCUGUUGUUGCUGCUGCUUGUACCAGAACAAUGUGAUUUAGAAAUGAACUCCCAUUGCAUAGCUGUCUACCCUCCUGAGUUCGUUCUGGGUUUUACUUUUCCCUUGCAAGUUGUAUAGACCAGUAAUCCUUUAGUGACUCUGCACUGGGAGCUUGACAUUGGACCUCAUGCUUUGAAUGAUCCAGUGCAUCACUCACCCUGCCCUGCUCUUUCACUGGGAUUCUGUCUUCUCUUCUACGUGGUGCAAUGCCCCCACCCAGUGGCUGCUUUGUGUAAUGUAGCUAAAUGUGAAUCUGAAUGUUCAGAAUACUUUCAUUGCAAAGCUGCUGUCUUCUACACACAAGUACUGUAAAAUGUCUUAACUGUCUUAUGCAAGUGUUUGGGGUUUAUGGUCUGUUUGAUACCUGUGUCGAACUAAUUCUGAGCUUGUUUGGAGCAUGUCUGUGCUUGCUGGGCUGAGCGAUCACGUGACACUUGAUUCUAUUGGCUCCUCCUGCUUCUGUACAGCACCAGGGGCCAACAGAUUAGAACAAGCAGUCGGUCACAUGAUGUGAGGUUGGGAGAAACAUACCUGGCUGAAACACAGCCUUUUGCAAGUCAGCUCAAAGCCAGCAAGGCAGAACUGCAUUGUGACCUCAACAUCAUAGCAGUAUAUGGAUGUAUAUUAUAUAUAGAAAUGUUUCAUCUUGAUCCACGCGCACUCUUCCUGUGAGUCCAAACUAGAACUGGUUCCUGAUGUCCAAUUUCCUUUCUGAAGCCUUAAGCAAAUGUGACCCUGACUGUAGGAAAGGACGUGGAGGGGGCGGGGCUCAGACUGAGGUGGAGGUGGAGAGGGCGGGGUACAGACUGGAAGGGGGUGUGUUCUCUAAGCCUUUUUAUUUAUUUAUUUUUACAUGUGCAUGGGGGCUGACUGCAUUCUGUCUGUAAAUAUGUUGAUUUUGUACAUAGGGAAUGUCUGAGACUGAAGGAUGCUUUGCCAUAAAUAAAAUGCCUUCUGCUUUUUAAUGGUGUCCUUGCUUUCCUGACAGACCCCUCAAGUGAACCUUUCUUUACAUUUUUGCUUUGCGUUUUUUUUUUUUCACUGUCAACUGCAAUGCACUUUAUAAACAAUAGGGGGCACUGAAUACUAAACAAUUCAGCCACUCCUGUCAGAAAAAAAAACUAAACAGAAGUCCAUCCCUUCCUUAAAAAAAGUGAAUGAAUUCUACAGGUGCUCCAUCAAGUGAAAUAUUCCAGUAUCCAGCUCAUUGAUUUCAGAGUAGAUAAAUCUACAAGAUGCUGCUCACAAGAGCAGGUAGUGAUCAGGGCACAAUGCUGUGCUCCUCCCCUGCCUUCACACAGGACACUAGUUCCUUUUAUCCUUCCAGGUGCAUACUUGUUGAGACAGGGGCAGGCAGAAUAAUACAAUACAAUCCACACUGCCCCUGCAGCCCCGAGUGUAUGCAGAGCAACAGUGUUAUAGAGUCAUCCUGCAUAGGCUGCUUUC